AUUGUAAUAUUGCAGAAAAGAACAAUGUCAUAGCAAAUUAAGAGUGAAUUGUGUUAGCAACAUCGAAAGCAGUCGUUUGUGUCGCACCGCCUCCAUGUAGCAUUGGCCCCGGAAAAGUCCUCGUCGCUUCCCAACCACCGCAGCAUCCGAAACCAUUCCUGGACCAAGUGAAGAUACACCUAAUACUUGUAGAACGCCCUUGCGGGGUUAAAGAAGAGUUGCAGAUUGCAGCGAAGACGUGUCACUAGGAAAAGAGUUCAGCUGAGGUAAGAGGAGGCGGACUCAAAAUGGCCCAAACCAGCGGGAACUUAUCCGGAAACAUGCAGCCGCCGCCGCCGUCGGGAGCUAGGUUCUCCGUGGACCUGCAAAGCCUGCCCUCCCUGGCCAACCUGCCAUCGCCGCUGCAGAUCUUCCAAAUGGUGCGCAACUCCCUGAGACCCUGGAUCGUAUUCUUCAACAUCAACAACUUCAAGACGGCCGUCAGCAUGCAGCGCCUCAAUAGCCGUGUGGUUCGGAAUCUCUCCUACUUCCAGGCCAACUACGUUUUCAUCUUCUUUGUACUGAUGAUCUAUUGCCUCAUCACGGCGCCCUGCAUUCUGCUGGUCAUCCUGGCCGCCGCCUUUGGUUGUCACAAGUUGCGCGUGCGCAACAGCAACAUCACCGUGGUGGGACACCAGCUGACGCCAAGCCAACAAAUAAUCGCCCUAAAUCUGGCCACAGCGCCCGUACUCUUCCUGGUGGGUGCGGGAGCUGUGCUCUUCUGGACACUGGGCGCCUCUUGCUUUGUAAUCGCCAUGCAUGCAAUCUUCUACAACAUCGAUGCUAUUGUGACGGAGGAGAACGAGGGAUUCCUAGCUCAGGUUGUCUGACCGCCAACCAGAAUCUGAAGCAUAUGUCUUCUGGGAUCAGGACAACCCGCGACGAGGUCGAGGAGCAGACAUAUUAGCCACUAUGGGGCCUUAUUAGUCGAUACGAUAUGCAAUAUUUCAUAUUUAUAAAGAAUUCUAGUUAAGUUUUAGCCGCAGACAUUGAAUAAACAAAAUACACAAGCUA